GUAGUGGUAUGGUGUAGAGUUUUUACCGAUGUUUACAUUGGAGGCAAAAUGGCGGACCUGUACGAACCUGAUGUUGGCACAGCAUAUUAUCGCUCGUCUGACCCUGUGAAGAAUUUGAAAAUUAGUGUGAAGCUAGACCGUAUCACAUCGACAAGCCUGGUGCCAAAUGCGGCUGUAAAAGCGGCACCGGCAAUAGUGGGCGCUGGAGAUACCCCCAGCAAAGCUUCUGGGGAAGAGAUGGAGAUGAAAGAAAUGAACAAGACACCUAACGGCACAAUGAAAGACAAGGAGGAAGUUGUCAUCAGCUGGCAGCAAAAAAUAUUCAGUCAGCGAGAACUCACCAGGUACAGAAAUGACGAUGGUACUCUAGGUUCACCUGUAGACAGGAAGUACCAUACAGAAGUGAUGGAAAUACUGAACAAAGAGCGCCCAAAAAACAGGAUAUUCACGUAUGUGGAUCAUGACGCAUUCUCACAGAAUGAUGAGGCUACAGAGUACUUGACCACGUCCCCUAAAGAGGGGCCCUCCUUUCUGACCCAGAAGAUUGCUCAUGUGCGCAAGAGAAGGAUAGGGGCUGGCAACAAACAGAAACGGGAAAGGGACCAUUCGUUCGUUCCCAAGCUGAACAUCAUUGAAGAUGACCCCACCGAGGAGUUGAUACAGAAGAACCACCUGGGGACUGCCCCUAUACAGGUCAUGCACAUCAUGGCUGACCUCAGUGGAGGAAACAGUGAGGCCACGGAGGAGGAUGAGGUGGUGCUGUGUACCAUCCAGGUGAACAGUGACGGAGUGCUGUCCAUCCACCCGGACUUCAACCGUGGAAGAAAGGCAUAUGUGAAAGAGUCACAGAAACAGUUUGGGAAAGAGGUGUUUGAAUAUACAGUUGAACAUUCAUCCAAAGAAAUGAACAGACAAGAGCAGGACCGAGAAAUGAAGAUGUUCCGAGAAGUUUAUUCCCGGCACAAAGAUUUCCUUCAGGCUUGUGUUGGAGGGGAUUUUGACAUGCCACGACCUGAUGUUCUUAGGAUGCUGGUUUAUGGAGAAAUAGAAUCUGCUCGUAACUUUGAAUAUGAUGACUUGUAUCUUCACUUCUUUGUGGAUCUUCCCAAAUAUUGGACGGUAGAGCGCAGCCAGCCAAUGUCCUGGAUCACCCAGACCUGCUCUACCAAGGUCGUGGGCAGGGACGAUGUUGCCUACUUCAGCUUCCCGUUCAAUUUUGAGGUGUUCUACCACAAUGACAAUCUAGAUGCUGAUGAGAAAGAGUUUGAGAUGCCUCGAUUCCCGACCAUCAUGGUGGAAGUUCUCUCCCUUGAUUCCUGGAACAGAUUCCGCACAGAGGGCUACACGUAUCUGUCAGUCCCGGGACAACCUGGUCAACACAAGGAGCGACUACACUGCUGGCGUCCUGUGGGAUCAACUGUGACCUCUCAGCUACGCAGGUUCUUCAUAGGUGGCUCACCAGAACUGGAGGACCCAACAUACACAGCCAUACCAUCCACAUUCUCUGGCAAACAUCUGAGCAAGUAUGGAUUCAAGACAGAAUCAACAGGGAGUGUGGAUGUCAACUUGAAUGUUAUCCUGCAGUCAAGGGCAUUCCGUGAGAAGAAGGCCACUAAACAGUCGCUGAGUUCCCUCCUGGAGGCAUUGGGAAUCAGUGCCAUGCAGCAAAACAUUUCAAAUGUGUUAGAUGCAUUCAAGAAGGCAAGACAAAGAAUGUUACAAACAAGAGAAAACGUUACCAAAGAAGUCCUGAAAACAACAGCGCAAACAGCUGUUUCUUAGUACAGAAGACUUCAAAAUAUUUGAUCCCAUCGUAUUAUCAGCAAAAGACUUUUGCCAUUCCUUGAUGCAACAACUUAUGAUGAAAGAUUUAUGGCAUCGGUUUCGAAGAGACAGUAAAAAGUAACUACUUUCUCAAGUGGUAAUAUUAGCACAUAGGUAUCAUGUGAUCUUUGUAGUUUGUAUUUUAUAUUGAAUGCUCAUUGGUGUAAAGUAACAAGGUUAGUUAAUUUAUUUAUUAUUAAUUGAAUAAUGAUUUGUAUGUACUGUCUAGAACACAUUUGUACACUGUAUUUGUAUAGGUAAUAAAUCAAACAAAUGCC